AUGCUCACAAAGUUCGAGUCCAAGUCGUCGAGAGCGAAGGGCAUUGCCUUUCACCCCAAGCGACCAUGGAUCCUCGUCUCCCUACACUCUUCCACUAUCCAGCUAUGGGACUACCGCAUGGGCACCCUGAUUGACCGCUUCGAAGAGCACGAUGGUCCCGUACGAGGCGUCGACUUCCACAAGACGCAACCGCUAUUCGUGUCUGGUGGUGACGACUACAAAAUAAAGGUCUGGUCGCUCCAGACUCGUCGCUGCCUCUUUACCCUCAACGGCCAUCUUGACUAUGUGCGCACCGUCUUCUUCCACCACGAGCUUCCUUGGAUCAUCUCGGCCUCGGAUGACCAGACCAUUCGCAUCUGGAACUGGCAGAACCGCUCGCUCAUCUGCACCAUGACUGGCCACAACCACUACGCCAUGUGUGCUCAAUUCCACCCCAAGGAAGACCUUGUCGUCUCGGCCUCGCUCGAUCAGUCCGUCCGCGUUUGGGACAUCUCUGGCCUCCGCAAGAAGCACUCGGCUCCUACCUCGAUGACCUUUGAAGACCAAAUGGCUCGCGCCAACGCAAAUCAGGCCGACAUGUUCGGCAAUACCGACGCUGUUGUCAAGUUCGUGCUUGAGGGUCACGACCGUGGUGUCAACUGGGUCUCCUUCCACCCUACCCUACCUCUUAUUGUCUCGGCUGGUGACGAUCGCUUGAUCAAGCUCUGGAGAAUGAGCGAAACGAAAGCUUGGGAGGUGGAUACAUGCAGAGGUCACUUCCAGAAUGCUUCAGCAGCCUUGUUCCAUCCCCACCAGGACCUGAUUCUGUCGGUUGGUGAGGACAAGACCCUGCGCGUCUGGGAUCUUAACAAGCGUUCCUCGGUACAAUCCUUCAAGCGCGAGAACGACCGUUUCUGGACCAUCGCCGCCCAUCCCGAGAUCAACCUGUUCGCCGCUGGACACGACAAUGGUGUCAUGGUCUUCAAGCUCGAGCGUGAGCGUCCUGCUUCGGCCGUCUACCAAAAUAACCUCUUCUACAUUACCAAGGACAAGCAGGUUCGCUCAUACGACUUCACAAAGAACAUCGAGAGCCCCUCUAUGCUUUCUCUCAAGAAGCUCGGUAGCCCGUGGGUACCCCCACGUGCUAUCUCGUACAAUCCUGCAGAGCGCGCUGUCUUAGUCACAUCGCCUGCCGAUGGUGGUUGCUACGAACUGAUCAACCUGCCCAAAGAUGCUUCAGGUGCCGUAGAGCCUACUAACUCUCUCCGAGGCACUGCAACUUCGGCCGUCUUCGUCGCUCGUAACCGCUUCGCCGUCUUCAACCAGCCUAACCAACAGAUUGACAUCAAGGAUCUUCAAAACUCUACCACCAAGACCAUCAAGCCCCCGCCCGGUACCGUGGAAGUCUACUUUGGCGGCACCGGCUGCCUGCUGUUGAUCGCCCCCACCUCGGUUGUUCUUUACGACAUUCAGCAGAAGAAGCAGCUUGCUGAACUUGCUGUAAACGGUGUAAAGUACGUUGUUUGGUCCUCUGACGGUCUUUAUGCCGCUCUGCUUAGCAAGCAUAACGUGACUAUUGUCAACAAGUCACUGGAACAGGUUAGCACCCUGCACGAGACUAUCCGCAUCAAGAGUGCCGUCUGGGACGAUACUGGUGUCCUCCUCUACUCGACCCUUAACCACAUCAAGUACACUCUCAUGAACGGGGACAAUGGUAUCGUGCGUACGCUCGAACAGACUGUUUACCUUGUCCGCGUCAAGGGUAAGAGCGUCUACUGUCUCGACAGAGCUGCGAAGCCCAAGGUCAUGACCAUCGAUCCAACAGAAUACCGCUUCAAGAUGGCUCUUGUCAAGCGACACUAUGACGAAAUGCUGAACAUUAUCAAGAACUCGAGUCUUGUUGGUCAAAGCAUCAUUUCCUACUUGCAAAAGAAGGGCUACCCUGAGAUCGCUCUCCAGUUCGUCCAGGAUCCUCAGACCAGAUUCGAGCUGGCAAUCGAGUGCGGAAAUCUUGAGGUUGCUGUUGAGAUGGCUAAACAAUUGGAUCGUCCUAAGCUUUGGCAACGCUUGAGUACGGAGGCCUUGGCUCAUGGUAACCAUCAAGUCGUUGAGAUGACUUACCAGAAGUUGCGCAACUUUGAUAAGCUGUCUUUCCUGUACUUGUCAACUGGUGAUGAGUCAAAGCUCCAGAGAAUGGCCAAGAUUGCCGAGCACCGUGGUGACAUGACUUCUCGCUUCCAGAACUCCCUUUAUCUGGGCGAUGUUCAGACCAGAAUCGAUAUGCUCAAGGAGAUUGACCAGUACCCUCUGGCCUACUUGACUGCCAAGGCCAAUGGAAUGGAGGAAGAGUGCCAAAAUAUCCUUGAUGCUGCUGGUCUUACCGAGGACCAGGUCACCAUGCCCGACACUGGCAAGCCGCUAUCAACUCCUUCUGUCAUUGUUCCUACCUUCCAGUCAAAUUGGCCCGUCAAGUCGUCUGGUGCAUCUUCAUUCGAGAAGGCAUUGGUUGCUGAUGGCGGCGCCGAAGAAGUUGUGCCCGCCACCAAUGGUUACGACGCUGACUUCCUGGAGGCUGAGACUGCUGUUCCCGAAGAGGAGGCUGAAGUUGAGCAAGAUGACGAUGAGGAUGCCGCCGGCUGGGACAUGGGUGACGAUAGCUUUGUCGAAGCCGAAGAAGAGUUUGUCAAUGUUGAGACUGUGGAGGCAGGCGCUGGAAGCAGCGAAGCAGACCUUUGGGCACGUAACUCACCAGUAGCCGCCGAUCAUGUUGCCGCUGGAUCUUACGAAUCUGCCAUGAACCUCCUCAACAGGCAAGUGGGUGCAGUCAACUUCAAGCCUCUGGAGGCUAGGUUCGAGGAGAUUUACACUGCUUCACGUACCUUCUUACCGGCAAAUCCUGAGUUGCCGCCUCUCAUCAACUACGUUCGUCGCACACUCAAGGAGACCGACUCACGAAAAGUUCUGCCUUUCAUCCCUGGCGAUCUCGAGACGAUAACAACAACAGAUUUGCAAGCAGGCAAGCAAUCAAUGCAAAAGAACAAGCUCGAAGAUGGCGUCCAGAUAUUCCGCAAGAUCUUGCAGACUUUAAUUGUCAACGCAGUCUCAUCGCAAGCACAAGUCAACGAGGCCAAGGAGCUUAUCCAAACAGCUGCUCAGUACGUUCUUGCAAUGUCAAUCGAGUUGACUCGCAGAGAGCUUGUUGGUGGCACCACAGAUCUAAGCUCCUUCUCUGAGGAGGAUAAGAAGCGUGCUCUUGAGCUAUCGGCUUACUUCACAAUUCCCAACAUCGAGCCUCAACACCAGACUCUGGCCUUGUUCACUGCUAUGAAUUUCGCACACAAGAACAAGCAGCUAAGCAGUGCUCUGAACUUUGCCAACGCACUGAUCGAGAAAGGAACCAAUGCUCGAUUCAAGGAGAACGCAAAGAAGGUCAAGGCUGUAUGCGAACGUCAACCUGGCGACGCGGUCGAGAUCGAGUAUGACUCGUUCGCUGAGUUCGACGUCUGUGGUGCAUCAUACACGCCGAUUUACAGUGGCGAGCAGAGCGUAAGCUGCCCUUACGACGGUGUCAAGUAUCAAGCACAGUACAAGGGUACAGUCUGUAAGGUGUGCGAGAUCUGCGCCAUUGGAGCGCCGGCUAGCGGGUUGAGGCUGACUGUUUAA